AUGGUUGGACCCCCCCUGCUCAUCCCAGUGUACUUCCACAUCCAGAUAAUUCAGACCAUGAUCUCCCGUCGUGACUGGGUGGUGAGUGUCCUGAUUAGGAGGGAGAGAGUGAGGGGGGGACAGGAUGAACACAGUGUUGAUUCACAAAUGAACGCUUCAGUAGUGUUGUGGAAUGAUCAGCGUGUGACUCCUCUCCUCAGGUUCCUGGAGAGUCACUGGUUUGUCUGGGUGACUCAGAUGAACCACAUCCCCAUGGACAUCGAUUACGAGAAGCACCAGGACUGGCUGAGCAUGCAGGUACAGACUGUCCUCUGAACACACUGAACAUACUGCCCUGUCUUCUGAACACACUGCCCAGUCUUCUGAACACACUGAACACAGGACUGUCCUCUGAACACACUGCCCCAUCCUCUGAACACACUGAACACACUGCCCCGUCCUCUGAACAUACUGAAAACACAACCUCAUCCCCUGAACACACUCAACACAGGACUGUCCUCUGAACACAAUGUACACACUGCCCCAUCCCAUGAACAUACUGAACAAACUGCCCCAUCCUCUGAACACAAUGUACACACUGCCCCAUCCCAUGAACAUACUGAACAAACUGCCCCAUCCUCUGAACACACUGCCUUAUCCCCUGAACACACUCAACACUGUCCUCUGAACACAAUGAACACACUGCCCCAUCC